UUCUCUUUUUCCUAAUGGCAGCAUUGGAAUGUGUCAAAUGAGCUGGUGACUUGACAACACGAACACGUCAAAAUCAACUGAAAAAUGGCUGACUCUGGGCCAAGUAAAAGCGAUAUUGAAGCAAUAUUUUUACGACUUCGUUCUAUUCCCGCGAAUAAAGUAUGUUUCGACUGCAACGCGAAGAACCCUACGUGGUCAUCGGUGACGUACGGCGUGUUCAUCUGCCUGGACUGCUCGGCCGUGCACCGCAGCCUCGGCGUGCACCUGACCUUCGUACGCUCCACGCAGCUGGACACCAAUUGGACGUGGAAGCAGCUGCGGAAUAUGCAGCUCGGUGGCAACAUCAAUGCGACACAGUUCUUCCGCUCGCACGGGCUGGUGACAGAUGACGCGCGCCAGAAGUACAGCUCUCGUGUGGCGCAGCAGUACAAAGACAAGUUGAGUGCACUGUCCGAGCAGGCCAUGAGGACAUACGGGACCAAGCUGCACCUGGACCCCGCGCCGGCGGAGGUGAAGGAGCACAAGGAGCCGGAGGUAGACUGGUUUGCAGAGCAUGGCCAGCCCACUAACACUAACGACAUUACCCCGCAGGCGAUGUCGGGCGGGGGCGAGAGCCUGAGCUCGGAGGCGCGCCUGUGGGGCGCUCCGCAAACCGCGCCCGCGACCGCGAAGCCCGCCGCCAGACCCGCCGCCCGGCGUCCUGGGGCGGGCGCGCGGCGCGGCGGCGGGCUCGGCGCUACCAAGGUGGCCGCUAACUUCGACGACAUCGAGCGAGAGGCCAUCAUGGCGGAGAAGCUCAAGAUGGAGGUGAAGGAGGCGCAGAGCAAGGCGAGCGUGGAGGCGGUGGAGCGCGAGGUGGCGUCGCUGCGGCUCGCGUACCGGCCCGCGCGCGAGCACGCGGAGCGCCUCGGCAUCGCCGCCGCCAGCCGCGCCGCCGCCGCCGGCGUGUCGCACUCCGCCGCCUCCGACAUGACCGCCAUCGAGCAGGAGGGCGCGCCGCCGCCGCGCGCGCUCGACGAGCUGGACGACUUCAACAACGUGCUCGUCAUGAUCAGGAACGAGCCGUACUCUGGGUCGCGCGGGCUGGACUCGCUGCUGGGCGACGCGCCGCGCAAGCUGGACUCGUCGUGGGAGCACAUCGAGCCGGAGCCCGCGCGCCCCGUGCGCUCCAUGUUCAGCGACGAGCGGCCCGCGUCCGCCGCCGCGCCCGCGCCCGCGUCCGCGCGCAGUCGGCCGCGGGUCAAGGUCGAGGAGGAGGACGACUCGGCCGUGAAGAAGUUCGGCGCCGCCAAGUCGAUAAGCUCCGCGCAGUUCUUCGGUGACCAGGACCGCGGCUGGGAGCGCGGCGGCGACGGCGGGGGCGGGGGCGGCGGCGAGCUGUCGCGGUUCGCGGGCAGCAGCAGCAUAUCGUCGGCCGAGCUGUUCGGCGCGGGCGAGCGGCCGCAGCGCGCGCCCGCCUUCGGCGUCUCCACGCCCGACCUCGACGACGUGCGCGAGUCGGUGCGCGCGGGCGUGACGCGCGUGGCGGGCCGCCUGUCCUCGCUCGCCAACGGGAUGGUGUCCUCCAUACAGGAGCGCUACGGGUACUGAGCCCGCCACGCCGCUCCGCACCGCCUGCCGCAGCCUGCCACAUUGUACAGUAUACAACCUGUUGACGUUGUAAUAGUUGUAUAGAAAGUCUGUUGAAUUUGUUCUUCGGCUCGGUAAUUGGACGGCUUGGUCGCGAACUUUUAUUUAAGGCGCAUAUUAAGAGCACUCUUUCAUACAUUUCUUUUUUAAUAAAUGAUGAAGUUAUGAACAUUAAAAAUGAGACCUCCUGCUAGAAGGUGGUUAAAAAAAAUUAUUUUAUAUUAGAAUAAUAGUGCAUUAUUCUCAUAUAAAGUAUUAUUCUUAAAAGAUUCUUGGAAGCAGUACCAUACAGUGGUGAGUCCUAUAAAUGAAAGGUUAAAUUGAGUCUGCUGUAGUGUUUAUAUUAUGUAUUUAUUUAAAAAAAAAAACAUUCAGGGAAAAUUCUUCUUGUGGAGAGUGGUAGGUGCGUUGGAUUUACGAAUAUGCUUAGACAAUAACUUACUUAUAAUUAUUAUAAUUACUUAUAACUUAGCUCUCCGGUAGGAUUUCCGACUGUUUAUACUGACCAGUCGGCCGCAGGGAAUGGGGAUGUAAAUAAUGCGUUUAAAUGAUAUUAAUUUUUAAUAGCACUAUAUAUAUAAUAAAGAUUUAAAUAACACUUUAUUUUCCAUAAAUGUUUUCAGAAAUAACUUAAUAUUAAAAAAUUGCAUACUAAAAGGGGAUGGAAUUUUUAGUAUUUUGCAUUUAUGUUGUAACUAGAGUUCAAAUUAUAUGCUUGUGUAGGUUUAAAAGUGUUAACCAGAAAAAAAAAAUUAGCUGUGUUAAAGAAAACGAAAUAAAUAAUUUAUUAUACUAAUAUAUUCAGUACAGAUGGCUAGGAGUCCCUGUGGCGCCCCAAAGCCAGUAUUUUCCGUAUUUCUAGUAAGGCCGUCACUAGAAUUUGUUUAAUAUUAAUUAUGUUUAUUAUUGAUGGGAUGUUACGAAAUAUAUAAACGCACUACUUACUGAGACAAUUGUAUUUUUCACUGGAUGCAUUGUGAUGUGACAUACAGACACUGUACUAUACUAUAGAUAUUCUAUUUGUUUGUGUGAAAUUGAAAGUAGCAUUGCAGGAACGUCAUUUGAAUUUAUCAUCAUCAGACUAUCGCAUAGCAUGGACUGAUUGUUAAGCAAUGGUUUCUUGGCAACCAGUCUUUCGCCUCGCUUUGUAUUAAUUAAUUAAUAUAUUAAUAUAUCUUUAAUAAACACAAACAAACGCGAUUGUUCUAUCGUAAUUAUAAUAAACCACUCAUAUGAGUGUACAUAAUAUGUCAUAUGUACAAUUGUACAGUGUACCGACUUGAAUAUAUCACUCCAUUGAAGACUAAUCACAUUACUUGACCCUCUUUCACCUGGUGAAGGGCUCUUGGGGCGGAUUUUUGACUGGUGGGACGCUUCGGUUGUGGCUAGUUACCAGUUACCGGUAAAGACAAUGCAAAGAUUAAGCGUUCUGGUAUGAUGUCGUGUAGAAACAAACCAAAAGGAAUGUGGAUUCUCCUAACAAAUUAGCCCACCUAUGUCUUAGAUUGCCAUCAUUGUCAUCAUUGGGUGUUAUUUUCAAUAGAAAGCCACGUUAUGUAUCAUAGGGUAUAUUUUGUUCUGCAAUAUCAAUGAAACGCGGGAGAAACCGUAUGGCGUCGGCUAGUAGUCAAAUCUGUUAGUGAUGGUGUCGGCAGCAGGAGUGGGACUGUAGUGGGGACAGACUAUAUCACUGUCGGCGCGCUUGUGAAUAUAACCUCGUUUCACCAUUUUGUACAUCGACACUACAGUGUGUAUAGCCGUGGAUAAUAUUGAGCACGGUUUUCAUUGUGUAUUAUACUGUUAUAUUUACAAAAUGUUGGACCGCUCAUUUAAAGCCGAACUAAUCUGCGUCUGUGUAGCUUUGGAACUAAGACAAACUAAGUCUGUACAAUGUACACCUUACCUACAAAAAGAGAUAAACACACUUCUAAAAAGUAGACAAAAUAAACUAAAGUUUAAUGUGAGGAUGUAUGCUCGUACAAAUAUUGAAUAUUACAAGCAGUCUAAGAUGCUACAACAUAAGUUUGUCUAUAUAUCGCGAUCUCUUUCAUCCCAUCACAACGAAAGAGAGAGCGAUAAAUAUCUAUCUUGAUCUUUCCGAUUUUCCGAUGUGACGAAAAGUGUAAUCAAAAGUAUUUCUUGGUCUACAUUCUACAGGUCUAAUAUUUAUUUUAAUGACCAUUGUGUGUAGCAGUGCUCUGUACUACUCAGUUUACUUGUGACAAGUAAACUGAAUCUGUUUUUUAUAAAGAUUUAUUUUAUUUUUCCAAAUGCAUAUAUUUCAACAACUGUACCGCGUAGAUGAUAUGCACGCCCCGAUGUGCACUAUUUAUAGUCUUCAAAUGUACAAUUCUAUUAGUUUGGUGAAUUUUGUUUUAUAUUUUCGAUAAUAUUAUAAGUUGGCGGAGCGCAUUUAGUAUGUAAGUAGGUAGGCAAUAUUAGAAUCUAUUGUUUUAUAUAGUGCUUGUUUUCUCCAUCGGCUCGCUGGCCAAUACAAUUGUAUCAUUAUUUCUGAUACUGCACCGUUGAAUAAGCUUGAUUUCGGUGCAAUUACAAUUGUAUAAUACUGCUCUAUUCUUAUAGACUAUCUCUGUCUAACACGAUUCUAUAGACUGAGAGAGAUAGUGAAGAGUUUGACACUUACUGUAAAGUUGUACGUCACAUGUUACAGAAUAGCGCUACAGCAUAGUGUAGCCGCAGGCUCAGCGCAACACGGAGCGGUGCCUUUGGUUGUAUGUGUGUAAGUGGUUAAAAUGCACUAUUAUCUCGUAUUACAGAACUACCAUUUUUUGAGUUACGAUAUUAUUAUCUGCUGUGUGAAUAAUUUUUUAAUGACGCAAUAUCAGGGCACCUCAGUUCGCUGUCGCCCACGCGCGGUCUUUGAAGUUCGGUGAUAUAGAAAAAGUCCAUGUUUAAAACCUUAUCAUAAAGCAAUAAGGUCUAAAUUUCAUUGACUUUAAAGUGGUAGUACUGUAUGUACCAUUUGUCUCUAUCAGGGAGAGUUUUACUAAAUUCCAAUAAUUAGUUGUUAUUUUUUACUUUCAUAUAUUUUUGUUCUCUAAAUCAUAAAAAUAUUUAUUAAUCCGAGUUUGUAUUGAGGCAGUGUUUCUUGGUGAACAUAACUUAAAACUCGCGCUUUUUAAAAGAGCACAUAUUUUCUACAUUUUAUCUAUUGACCAAUACUAUUUUUUUUUCAAUAAAUAAUGCAAUAAUAUAAAAUUAUAUGAGUUGAGACGUUCUAGGAUGGAUUGAUAACGCAAGGCCAAGUGAAGCAUUUUAUACUUUGGUUGUUUUGCAUUUAAUUACAUUAGCUGCCCCUCUCACUCUUGGUUAUACUGUUUAUACAUAUUCCCUUUUUCUGCUUGUAAUGUUUUUCCUGUUACUAUGUACUACUACUACUACUAGUUACUAGUAAAUCAAAGCGCAGUGAAAGUUCGCCUCGGUCCCUGUCUCGAUGCACUUCUCCUCGUAUGAUAAGCUUUCAUAUCAGUUAUAUAAAUAUUCCGGCGUUCAGCUCCUACUGUAAGAUAUUGAAUAUUUUGGCAUUUGUUUAGUUGUACGGCCGUUUGUAAAGAAAUAUAAUUAUAAUAAUUAGAAUUUUAGACAAUGAUUAUUAUUAUUGAUAAAAAUAUACAAAACUAUAUUUGC